UCCAGCACCAUGGAUCACGUAAAAUGGUUCAAGAAAACCGUCGCGGCCAACCAGUCAGACACUCAAAAGAGUGAUGAAGCAGCCUACAGCCACCUCCUGCAAUCCAGUGAUGACGAUUCAACCUUCGAAAACGAAAAGGGAAUUGUCGAACAGGCCCAGACUGCCAAAGCUCGCCGUCUCAACCGCUUCUUCGUUCUCUUCUCAAAGUCAGUACUCAUCAUCUUCGCCCUCUGGGGGGUAUUCAACAUCGGGAGAUACUCCGUCCGUGCCAUUUGGCCCAAGAAACCUGUUUCCUGCUCCUGUGGCGGGACCACCGUCGUCGAAGCCAAGGCUCGCGGCUGCAUCUUCACACCCUUAGCCAUUGCCUGGCUUCCACCUCAGUGUUUAGACAUGGAACUCGCAGAUGAAUUUGAUCAAAUCGGUCCGGAGGGGGGCUGGCCCUACUACGCAGACCUCAAUGGCACCAUACCGCUGACUCGCGAGGAGGUAGGAGCCAUUGCAGACAUCCCGGGAGGAGUCUUUUAUACUACGCAGGAAUGGCACAUCAUGCACUGCAUGUAUACUUGGCGCAAGCAUUAUCGCUCCAAGUUCACAGGUGUUACCAUCGAGCAGAGGUCGAAUGGACUGAAGCAUAUCCAUCAUUGU